AUGUUGUCGAAGAAGCGCUUCAAGAUCGAGCAGGCGGAUAGGCGAGACGGGAUCUUUUCCCUGAAAGGAUGGGUUGCUGUGGACCCUUCUCCAGAUGUGGGUGGGCAGUUCCGUGGUGCGGCUCACAGCACAUCUGACUCUCGCUGCAAGAGCAUCCUCUCCUCCUCCACCCGAUUUACAAGGAAACUGUGGCCUUUAAAAGUUCCAUUCACUUUGUUUAGUAGUGUGUUAGGAGUUGUGCUUUAA